UUUCUUCUUUAUUUUCAUUUCAUAUAAACACAACCAUGGAAAAGUUCAAGGAGAAACUCGCUACCCUUCGUACUGAAGUUGAUACUGCUACUAAACGCGCUCAAGAUUUAGAAGAAAAGUGUAAGCAACUCGAGGCUGAGCAUGAUCAAAAGGAUGAAGAAUUAAGUGCUCUUCAAAUCCGCGCCAAGGAAUUGGAAGAAUCACUUGAAUCUGCUGAAGCCAACUUGAAGCAAGCUACUACUGAUUUCCGUGAAGCUGAUUUACGUGCUGAACAACUUAGCAAGAAGGCUGUCAAGAUUGAACAAGAAAUCGCUACUUGGGACAAGAAGAAUGCUGAAUUGGAAACCAAGUAUCAAGCUGCCAAGUCCGAAAUGGACGAGUUGGAAGGCCAAAUGGACGGCAUGUAAAUAAUCUCAUUUCAUAAUUAUAAAAAAAAAAAUACAUAUCCACAAACGGCCAUUACGUUUUAUUGUGUGACACACGCU